AUGGGGACCUGCCCUUCUGCCAAAGGCUCUCCUGUUGCUCUGCUCCUGAGUGCGGGCUUUGUAGAGCAGGCAGGAGUUAAGGACCACCCUGGCCCCUUAACUGAGUUUUUAAGGAAGUUCACGGGAAGAUUUGUUUUUCCUUAUGGCCAGUCACAUCAGAACCCCUUCAGCAAACUGAAGGUGUAUAUUCAAAAGCUGCAAGCCCCCAUCAGAGCCCUGGAGGAGCCUUUCAGUGAAGAAGUUUCUUCUGAUAUCCCACGUAAAACCUUCCCUGAGCGGAGGGAUGCAGGUCUAUCCCCUGACAAGGCAGCUACGGAUCCCAGUGGUGAAAACAAGAAACUCAACAAAUCCCAGCAGCUGAAACAAGUUUUUAAAGAAUAUGGUGCUGUAGGGGUUUCAUUCCAUGUUGGAAUUUCAUUAAUAUCCCUAGGAAUCUUCUACCUGGCUGUGUCAAGUGGUGUGGAUAUGGCUGCAGUUCUCCUCAAACUGGGUUUCACAGAAUCCUCGUUGCAGUCCAAGCUGGCAGCUGGCACCAGCACCUUCGUGCUGGCCUAUGCUGUUCACAAAGUGUUUGCUCCAGUGCGGAUCAGUAUCACUCUGGUUUCUGUGCCACUGCUUGUCCGAUACUGCCGGAAGAUUGGUUUCUUCAAACCUCCUACCCCAAACCCAUGA